AAGAGAGAAGUUUCCGAGCGGAGCAGCAGCAGGACCAACAGCAGCGGCAGGACCAACAGCAGCGGCAGGCCGGAAUUUAGUUACCGUGUUUGGACUGAAAAGCAGUGGACCUCCGCCUUACCUCCGCCGUGGUUUAUAAUCUCAGUUUCAGCGCAGUCAGUGCUGGUAGGUCUGCUUUGUUUUCAGAGACACUGACACGAAGAAAGUUUACAGAGAAGGAGCAUCAUGACUCAGUUCAACAAGGGACCAGCCUACGGAUUAUCAGCGGAGGUGAAAAGCAAGAUCGCACAGAAAUAUGAUCUUCAGAAGGAGGAGGAGCUCCGCUUCUGGAUUGAGGAGGUGACAGGCAUGCCUAUUGGAGACAACUUUCAGAAGGGCCUGAAGGACGGCGUCAUUUUGUGCGAGUUAAUAAACAAGUUGCAGCCCGGUGCCAUAAAGAAAAUCAACCACUCACAGUUGAACUGGCAUAAGCUGGAAAACCUUGGGAAUUUCAUCAAAGCCAUCUUAACCUAUGGCUUGAAGCCCAAUGACAUCUUUGAAGCCAAUGACCUCUUUGAAAAUGGGAACAUGACUCAAGUCCAAACCACACUCCUGGCUCUAGCCAGCAUGGCAAAAACCAAAGGAAUGGACUCAAAGGUCGACAUUGGAGUGAAAUACGCAGAUAAGCAAGAAAGGCACUUUGAUGAUGAGAAGAUGAAGGCUGGCCAGUGUGUUAUCGGACUUCAGAUGGGAACUAACAAAUGUGCGAGCCAGGCUGGCAUGACUGCUUAUGGCACCCGGAGACAUCUUUAUGACCCUAAGACACAAACAGACAAGCCUUAUGAUCAGACCACAAUCAGCCUGCAGAUGGGGACUAACAAAGGAGCCAGCCAGGCUGGUAUGUCUGCCCCAGGCACCAGACGAGACAUCUUUGAUCAGAAGGUUGCAGUGCAGCCGUUGGACAACUCCACCAUCUCCCUGCAGAUGGGCACCAACAAAGUAGCCUCCCAGAAGGGCAUGAGCGUCUACGGGCUGGGAAGACAAGUCUACGACCCCAAGUACUGCGCCAGCUCCGGAGAGCAGGGCGUCCAUGCCAACGGCAGCCAGGGCACAGGCACGAAUGGCUCUGAGAUCAGCGACAGUGACUAUCAGGCAGAGUACCAGGAAGAGGAGUACCAGGGUAACUACCAUGAUGAAUACAGCGGCCACUACAAUGACCAGGGCAUCGACUACUAGGGAGAGCUGUGCUGUUAGUCGAAGCAGUAUUAAUGCAAUAUACAUAUAUCAACAGAGCAAGUCUUUUGCUAUCCUCGCUAGUCUUCCUUUUUAUAUUGAGGGAUAAAGAAGGAGAGAGAGAGAGAGACAGAUUAAGUUAGAGAGAGUGUUAUUGCCUUGUGCUUAUCCCCACCAACCCCUUACCCAUUCCUUUGCUGUUUGAGAGGCAGUGUUUUGAAUUGGUCAUAGUUAGCUACAGAAUGGGGAGAUUUCUAAAAACCUGCUAUCUUACAGUUACGAGCAUUCCUUUUAAAUCCUUUUAAAUGUUUUUUUAUGAAGUAUGGAGAACUGUGAAGAAAAGAUUUCCCGUUUUUACUAUGCAGCUUUUUUGCUCAGUAUGACUCCAAUUUUUUAUACCCAGUGACACUUUUUACUGAUUUCAUUUCCAUGCAUCAUAGUUUUUACCAAGGUUCAUCAGCUACACUGUGCUCUACUGCACCCUGAAAAGACUGAGGAUGAUCUGAAAGGUGUUUUAGAGUAAGAGGGGCAGAAAUAAUGGACUGAAAGCUUUUAUUUUAUUUUUUUAGUCAACUAAAAUCAUUCCAUCUUGCCUUUUGUUUUAUAUCACUGGAAGCUUGUAUUUUUUCCUAGCUCUGAAACAGUAAGGCUUUGGUGUUUUUAUAGAGUUCCUUCAUUAGACUGGAUGACCAAAAAGCCCAUUUUAGUUUUCUGCUUUUAUCAAAUAAUUUUAUUUGUGCCAUAAUCUCUGAAAUGUUCUUAUAAAUUCCUCUCCCACUGUAUUUAUUGCAAUUUUCUCAUAUAAACUGUUCCUCUGUCGUAUGGUCUUUUUAUGAACAAAUUGUAUGUUACAAAUAAAGCAUUUAAUGCCUUA